UGCCGUGCUGUUACUAUAGCUACUAGACGCUAAACGCGAUUGCCUCAGAACAAGUAAACAUGUCUGCAAAGAAGAAAGGAGGAAAACCCAGCAAGGCAGAGAAGGAGAGGCUACAGAAAGAGUUAGAAGAGCAAAGACUCAAGGAGCAAGAGGAGGCUCGCCUGGCUGCUGAGCAAGAAAAUCAGGAGAGGCUGGAGAGGGAGCAAAAGGAGGAAGAGGAACGACAAAGGCUUGAGUUAAAAGACAGAGAACGAAGGGAGGAUGAGCUAAAUGAACUGCAUCUCAUACUUGAGGAAAACCAGAAGGCAGUUAACACAUGGGAGGCUUUAUCCAAGGAGAAGGCUGAGUGGGAUCGAUACAUGAUUUGUGAUGGCAGUCCAGAUCCUGCUGUUCAACCAGAAAUCAAUGCUUUUAUCAGUCUGUGGAAAGAAGACCCAACAGUACAGAUUCAGACAGUCUUACAACAAUGUGCACUGGCCUUACGGCUAACAGAGGAACUGGAGCUUCUUUUAAAUGAGGAGACAGAUUCUUCUGUUGCUCAGGUGUAUCAGGACACACUUCUGUCUUUGCAUCAUCUAAUCCAUGACAAAAUCCACCUGGCCACUGAAGAGAUCCUUAAGUGGACUAAAUCAUGUACAGACAUUGAGACUGGUAACAUGCAGACGGUAGUACAAGAUGAUAAUGUCACUCUGUGCUUGUGGGCUAACCUUAACAAAAAUCCUAGAUUCAAGGGCUACCAUUUCACUGAGGUGGGGCUGGGCUUUGAGCUGCCUAAACAGCUAGCAGUGAGUGACAUUGCUGUGCGGAUCCUGCAUACUCGCUAUGACCACCUAAGCCACCUGAGCUACUGGGCAGAACUGCAGAAUAAAAGUCCUCUUAAAGAAGCUCUGGAACAAGACACCAUACUCACAGAGACCCCCAAAGCAUUAGACAGUGAAGAGAUUCAGAAGGAAGGAGAGGUCAGAGAGAGCCUACAGCAAAAAGAGGAUGAUCUUCAGUCACUUAAAUCUGAUGGAAAGAAGAGUGUUUUGAGUGUGCACUCAGCUAAAUCGGAGAGGAAGAGCUCUUCACUCAAGCAAGGGGAGGAGGUAGAGGGUCAUUCAGAGAGCAUCAUGGCCUUUGGAGGAGGAGCAGAUGAGGCAGACCCCACCCCUGCUGUAGUGGAGCCAGUGGCUGACAGUGCUGAGGUGCAUAUAGUGGAUCUGAGGCAGUACACACCGCUGGGUGGAGUCUACUACUUUGACGUUUUCCACUUACCACCACAGGCUUAUACAGUCAAUGGCUGGGAGAUCAGACAGAUACUAGACACAGGUCUUCAGGUCUUUCAGUAUCCACCAGAAGAAAGUCAGGCGGAUGACCCUGUCCUGGAGAAGCAGGAUGAAAGCAAAACACACUCCACCACACCUGUAGGGGUCACUAUAGCGCUGCCAGAAUCUGUGGUCUUUCUAGUAGAACCACAAAUUGCCCGAUGGGAUCCCGAGGGCCAGCACUGGCGAACAGAUGGAAUAACAGAGAUAUCGUACAAUGGCGAGGAACACAUCAUCUCCUUUAAGAUGGAAUCCUUCUAUGCAUUCACUCUGCUACAGGAGACGCACAUCAACAUGCCCUUUCAAAGCUGGGAGCUUAGGCCGCUGGGUGAGAACUCUGCCAUGCUCACCAUCACUGCGUCUCUUACUGAAGUCAGCAUCACAAUCAGUGGAAAUCAAUGCAAGCUUCAGAUGGACCAGGCUCCUGAACUGACCAGCAUUCUGGACAAAUGGAUGAGCUUUCCUUCUCUAAAGACAGCCAUGAGACGCUCCGGAGUAAGCAUAUUCAUAAAUGAGUACUCAGACAAGUAUGUUGCAGUUAGUACUAAGGAUCCACUGAUAGAGCAUGCAGUGUAUGAGCAGAUGGCACUGCUGUCCUCAGCCUUUGCUUUCUCUUGGAGCCAGUGGAACUCACAGUGUGGACAGGAGCAUCUUGUCUUUCAGGCUUGCAAGCAGCUGGAGGCAGGGCCUGUACCAGACAGGGACUUGUCUCUGUACCUGCUGGGUGCUCAGAGGAGUCAGCAGUUAAAGAUGGUGGAAAGCAGUACUGAAUUCUCACCAGAGCUGGCUGAGGGAACAGAGUUCCACUCCACGCUUUUGCACAUGCUCAGAGACACCAUGAGCCCGGAGGGGCGUGACAGGGUUAACCACGUCCACCACCUCUUUGUUGAAACGGUGCGAGGACUGCUGUUCAGCACCCGCGUCCUUACUUUCUCCUGAGUACAUGCUGUAUGUAAAUUCUGCACUGCUGGAUAGAGAAAUUACAGUGCACUCUUGUUUCAUUUUAUUAAACAUCAAAAUAAAAAUGUAAAUAAA